AUGUCAGGAGCAGCAGGUUUCGAUAGACACAUCACCAUCUUCUCACCAGAAGGAAGACUUUAUCAAGUCGAAUAUGCCUUCAAAGCCAUCAACUCUUCAAAUUUAAAUGCCAUGGGUGUCACAGGUAAAGACUCUGUUGUAAUAAUCUCCCAAAAGAAAGUCCCUGAUAAAUUAUUGGACCCAAAAACCGUGUCAUACAUCUUCCCAAUAACACCAAAGAUCGGUCUUGUCGCUACUGGUUCAAUUGCUGAUGCUAGAUCUCAAGCUUUAAGAGCUAGAGCUGAAGCUGCAGAAUUCCAUUAUAAAAAUGGUUAUCAAAUGCCUGUGGAUGCAUUGUCCAAAAGAAUGGCCAACUUAUCCCAGAUAUACACACAAAGAGCAUAUAUGAGACCCUUAGGUGUUGCAUUGACGUUUUGUUCAGUUGAUGAUGAAUUUGGUCCUUUAUUAUACAAGACAGAUCCAGCUGGUUAUUAUGUUGGUUCAAAAGCUAAUGCUACUGGUCCAAAACAACAAGAAUUGACAACUGCAUUGGAGAAGAAAUAUAAAAAGAAGGAUCAUGUUGAAGGUGAUUGGAAACAAGUUGUGGAAUUUGCUAUAAUCACUUUGUCAAAUACUUUAAACACUGAAUUUAGAAAAAAUGAUAUUGAAAUUGGUGUUGCAACUCCAGAGAAAUUUUUCACUUUGACUCCUGAUGAAAUUGAUGAACGUUUAGUAUCCAUUGCUGAACAAGAUUAG